AAUGGUUAAAGCAUGUGUCGCAAAGAUGCAAGUUACAUCAUCUGCUGCCCCACCAUAGCACAUGUACUAUGCAGCCAUGUUACGCAGGCUAUGUACGCAGGCAGUCGCAGACCAGACCAACAAGGCAUGGGCUCUUAACUUGCUUUGCUGUGUUGAUCAAUUUGAAUAUCGCACAUAGGAAGGGACGCAUUUGACAAAUAUUUAAACUAUUGCUAACGUCCCACCAAAAGUCCGAGUAACAUACCUUAAUCUCCCCAUCUUUAUUAUCUCCAUUUGAAUAAAUCUUAUUUUCCUAUUACUUUCGCAAUAAACCCACGCUUCCGAGAAGAAAAAAAAAUAAUAAAAAAUGACGGCUUACAAGAGUACCCCGCUAUAUGGAGGAGCUCUCAUCUGCGACCUCCCAGCUAGCUUUGCCGACGUGAGCCUCAUAAGACAAGUUCCCGACCACCAAGAAGCAUACAUCGACAAAGAUGGCUUCACCAGCAUCAUCUUCGACAUCAACGAGCGCGUCGGCGGCCCGGGAAGCAGCCCCGAGAUAGACGGUCGCGCCUUGACCACACACCUCGAGGACAUAGUAGGGGAAGACCUCGACAACGUCAAGGUCUGGAAUACUACACCUACCGUGUUCUCUCGCCUAGACGAAGAUAUCCCCGCCUACACGCUGAUCGCGACACACACGACGCAAAAGCCCGACGACGCCUCCUCUUCCACCGCGGACGACAAGUCACAGCAGCGACCGGCUAGCAAGACGGACUUCACGGCGAUCAUUCUGACGCUGGUGCGGCUGGAGCGCGAGAAGACGGACUUGCUCAUCACCAUCAACGUGCCGCACAUCCGCGGCGAGUACGACGAGGACGACGUCGACCUCCAGCUCGGCAAACAGGGCAAGCUCAUCGGCGACGCCGUCGACUACGCCGCCAAGAUCUGGGAGACCUUCAAGGUUAAGGACUGGGGUCUCUUUAAUGAGGUCUAAGCUAAGCCGGCCGAAGACGAAGAAAAGGAAAGAAGGCAAAAGAAAAGAAAAAUAAAAUAAAAGAGGGGGGAAAUAAUGGGGUAAACUACAGUAUGGUUGGAUAUGAUAUCAUAUGAUACACUCACUGUCCGUGCAAGAGAGAAAAGAGGCCGGAAAGCAUAUCAAUAGAUAAUGCUGGUUGGUAUAAGAGAACUGGCCAGAUUUCAGCCAAAAGAAAAAAAAAGGAGCAGGAAUGGAAAUAAGGGAUGAAGCAUAACGCGACUUUGGAAGUUAAACUUUCGGUGGACAGUAUUUCCUUUGUUCGUCUAUGUCCCGAAGCCUACUUGAGAGGGGCCUCGGCUUUGAUACGAAUCACGAAAAGAGAGUAUUUGUUUAUGGGUAUGGGAACUGGCAUGCAUAUUCGGCGGCAGGAAAGCUACGAAGAGGGAUAUGGGGGGGAUCUAGGUAUGGAUGUCUCGCGUUUGGAAGUUAGGCAACCUAGGUGCCUACCUGGUAGUUAUGUAGCCUAGGUAGAUAGUGUUCCCUUAAUUACCCUACGACAGGUAGGGUUAGAUUAGGUAGAUAUGAUGAACCUACUGUAAGAAGACGGCUUUGUAAACUUAC